AUGAGAGAACCAAGAGGUCAUUAUGACAUGUUUGGAGGAUUUCUUUUAGAUCCGACCGAGGGCGGAGAUGCCGCUGCCCUGUUUAUGAACCCCAGUGGCUAUACAGAUCAGUGUGGCCACGGCAUGAUUGCAAUAGUCACUCUUUUGAUUCAGCUUGGAAAACUACCCCAAGAACGAUACCGGUUGAAGCCAGAUUUGAUGCAAGUUAGACUGGAGACAACUGUUGGCAUUUUAGAGACAGAGGCAUGCUGGAAUGGUGAGAAAGUCGAAUUUGUUAAAUUUAAGAACACGCCUGUGUGGAUACUUUAUAAAGAUUUGACCAUCAAGUCUUCCUUUGGUCAAAUUACGGGAGACAUUGUUUUUAAUGGAGCAUUCAACUUUUUUGCAGAGUUUGACUCAGGUCAGCUUCAAGUGAAACCUGAAAACUCAGCUCGUAUCAUGGAGCUUGGUGGAGAGAUUAAACAAACUAUACAAAGUAUGGGAUUGGAAAUAUCGAAUAAGGACUUUCCCCAAAUUACGGGACUCCAUGGUGUUGAUUUUAUAAACUUGAGAAAAAAAGAUGCAUCAGACGACUCAAAGCCAAAUCAGAAAUCUGUUCUUGUAUUCGGCUGUAAGCAAAUUGAUCGUUCGCCUUGUGGAUCAGGGACCGCUGGAAGAGUAGGCUCCUUAUUUUUAAAAGGAAAGAUUUCCUCAGAGCAUUACUUCGUCAACGAAUCCAUCAUAGGUUCGAAGUUCAAGGCUAGAAUUGUGAAUACAACAGUCAAAGCUAAUAGAGAUAGCAAGCCAGCCUGUAUUGUCGAGAUUCAGGGCCAGGCCCACUUGCUUGGUAGAACAGAAUGGUGGCUUGACCCCGACGACGUAAUUGGUUACAACGGAUUUAUUAUACAUAGAUAA